GUCUUGGCGUGCCGGGACGUCCGGCGGUCAGUCGGGGUGAGACGCGCCGGUCACCGACGCGGGACGGCCUGGGACGCCGCUCAGUCCGCGCUCCCGACCAGUGAUGACGUCAUCAUUUCGGGGCGCGCUGACGCCGUGUGGCGUGGCGCCGCUGCUGCUGGCGGUCGGCGUGGCCGCGCUGGUGACGUCAGCCGCCUCCAGCAGCGACGCCGACAAGCGCUUCGACUGCAGCGUCUUCUGCAAGUCCACCGGCUUCAGCGGCGUGGUCGGCGGCUGUCGCUGCAGCUUCACCUUGUUCACCUCCAAACGCGCCUACAUGCCAGGUUCCCACCACCACCUGCGCGCCCCUGGACGCUCCGACGACCUCAGUCUGCUGGGUCGGAUCUUUGGGCGUCGCUUGCGCCGGCCCGCGGAUGACAUCCCUCUGCGGCCGUCCAGCCGAACAGCGCAUCUAGUCAACAGCGACGGCAUGACGGCGUACGGCGCCAGCUAUCAGUGACUGGCCGCUCCGCGCCGCCGCGCCGCCGCGGCGUCAGCGAGCGUCAUCGACUGUCAUCGAGCGUCAUCGAGUGUCAGAUGGUGUCGUCGGCGCCCAGAUCCAGUUUAGGUGGUUUAUUGCUACAUGACAGGGUUAAAAUUAGUUGAAUUCUUACGCUAUCCCCAACAUUGCGCAAUGCUUGAAGAAGGUUGAGGCUGGUCUUCCCAAGCUUUGCCAAAUUGUCUUUUUGUUGUUUUUCACGACUUUCUCACAAACAAUGCAGUAAAUGACGCGUGCUCGACCGUCUUCUGGCUGAUUUCUGAUGGCAACUCGUGUGCUAUGUGCGGGAUGGGCCCCAUUUGGUUCAUUUGUGCACAGGUGAUGACAGGCCCCUGACUAGCUGACACGAUGUGGCGCGUGACUUCGUAACUCGCCGGCUCGUAAAUACCUCGCCCCCUGGGACCGUGGCUGGUCGGACUGGCUGGUGUUCACAGUUAGGGAUACAUCAGUCGCACACGGGCGCGGUUUGGUUCGCUCGCAUCUCCAUCCCGCCCGUGAGCUUUUGUUCGUGUCUAUAGUGACUGGAGGACUGGCUAUAAAAGUGUCUUAGCGUAUCCAUAUGAAGUUGGGGAAUCAUGUCUGUUUAUGUUAGGUGUCAUGAAGAAAAUGGUCACAAAAAUUCAGUAUCAUCAGAAUUGACCUUACCCUCAAUGUGUCCUUAUCUGUGAUGUGUGAUGACUAGAUAUAAUUUAUGUCAUGUAAUAUGAUUGCAUGUUGCUCUGCGGUGUUAUAGAAUAUGAAAUAAGACGACGGAUAAUCAUUUACAGAGCAUACCUGAUCCUGGUUUAGCAUUGCUAACGCACUUCGAUGAAAUGCCUCCUCUCAAAAUUUUUGUGCUGUGUGAAAUGCGAAUCCUUCUACUGAUAAUGUUGCCUGGUAUCAGGUAUACUUGCUGUCUUCCCUCGACUUUGCAUGACUUGGUUGGUAAACCAAGUCUUGGUUUAUAAAAAAAAAAAUGGUUGGUAAGGAUGCAUUGAAUACAAGGUCAAGCAUA